CAACUUUUGUAAUCAAUUCGAUCUAGUAACUCACACUGACUCAACCUGAGCCAAAAGAAUUAUUCCCAACCUUUGGCCACACCGAUAAGGUCACCUAUAAAUGAUCUACUUCCUUAUGAAUCCUUUCUCCUCCCUCUCUUUCUCUCUCAAAAAGGGGCGUCAUUACUCUAAAAUACGCUGGUUAUCAACAUGGAGAAAUCCUACGCUUCUCCAAGUUCCGGCGACCUCGCCGGAUUAGCGAGGAGUUACAGUAACAGGCCGGUGAAAGUUAUUCCGUUACAGCAUCCUGAAACGACGUCGAACCUUGGAUUCUCUUUGACGACGUCGUCUAGCUCUAUGUUUGCUCGAUGGAGGUCCAAAAUGAAAGCGAUGAGUAUCACAGAAUGGAUCUCAAUCUUCCUCCCUUGUUAUCGCUGGGUUCGAUCAUACAAUUUUCAUGAUAAUCUUCAAAGUGAUCUUAUGGCUGGUAUCACCGUCGGUGUUAUGGUUGUUCCUCAGGCAAUGUCGUAUGCGAAGUUAGCUGGGCUCGCUCCCAUUUAUGGACUCUAUUCUGGUUGCGUUCCUGUAUUUGUAUAUGCCAUUUUUGGUUCCUCAAGGCAGCUUGCAGUGGGUCCUGUAGCUUUGACAUCUCUCCUGGUCUCUAAUGUUUUAAGUGGUCUUGCUAGUCCAUCUGAUAAGCUGUACACAGAACUUGCAAUCACAUUGGCACUUAUGGUUGGCAUAUUAGAAUGCUUGAUGGGCCUCUUGAGGCUUGGAUGGAUUAUUCGUUUUAUCAGCCAUGCUGUGAUUUCUGGCUUCACUACUGCAUCAGCUAUAGUCAUUGCCUUGUCUCAAGCAAAAUACUUUUUGGGCUAUGAUAUAGUUCGAAGCAGUGAAAUUAUUCCCCUUGCAAAAAGUAUUAUUGCUGGAAUUGACAAGUUUUCAUGGCCACCAUUCAUGUUGGGGUCUUUGAUUCUAGCUAUCAUGUUGAUUAUGAAGCACCUGGGGAAAACGAGGAAGUAUCUGAGAUUUAUCCGAGCAGCAGGUCCAUUGACGGGAGUUGUUUUGGGUACUGCUAUUGUCAAAUUAUUUCAUCCAUCUGCCAUCAGUGUGGUUGGGGAAAUACCUCAAGGACUCCCGGAGUUUUCAGUUCCUAAAGCUUUUGAUUAUUUCAAAUCCUUGAUUCCUACAGCAUUUCUUAUAACUGGUGUAGCCAUAUUGGAAUCUGUAGGAAUUGCUAAAGCACUUGCAGCAAAGAAUGGCUAUGAUUUAGAUUCGAAUCAAGAGCUUUUUGGUCUUGGUGUAGCCAACAUUGCGGGGUCAUUUUUUUCUUCAUAUCCUAGUACUGGUUCGUUUUCUAGAUCUGCAGUGAAUCAUGAAAGUGGAGCAAAAACAGGCUUUGCCGGGAUACUCACAGGAAUCAUAAUGAGUUGUGCUCUCCUAUUCUUGACUCCAUUAUUUGUUGACAUACCUCAGUGCGGUUUGGCUGCUAUCGUGAUUUCAGCCGUCAUGGGUCUGGUGGAUUAUGAAGAGGCUAUGCUUCUAUGGCGUGUAGAUAAAAAAGAUUUUUUUCUUUGGACUGUCACUUUUGCGGCAACUUUGUUCCUUGGAAUUGAGAUUGGUGUGCUAGUUGGGGUUGGUUUUUCACUUGCUUUUGUUAUAUAUGAAUCAGCAAAUCCACAUAUCGCUGUACUGGGUCGUCUUCCAGGCACAACAAUUUACAGAAAUACUCAACAAUAUCCAGAAGCAUACACAUACCACGGGAUUGUGGUUGUCCGUGUUGAUGCGCCUAUGUAUUUUGCCAACACUAGUUACAUAAAGGAUAGGCUGCGGGAGUACGAAACCAAUCAUGAUGGAUCGAUAAAGCGUGGUCCUGAAGUAGAACAAGUUUAUUUUGUAAUUCUUGAGUUGUCACCUGUGACAUACAUUGACUCAAGCGCUGCUCAGGCUUUAAAAGACUUGUAUCAUGAGUACAAAGCUCGGGGCAUCCAGAUUGUAAUUUCCAACCCUAAUGAAGAUGUUCUGAAAUCUUUAACCCGAGCUGGACUUGUUGAAUUGAUCGGGAAGGAAUGGUACUUUGUGAGAGUGCAUGAUGCUGCUCAAGUUUGCUUCCAACACGUACAGGAAUUCGAGAUGCCAAGAACACCAGAUUCCAUCAAAGGCGGAAAGCCAAGCAGUUUCCUGAGACUCGCUCAAAAGAAUGAAACUGCAACUACCAUAGACUUGGAAUCCGGCGUUCAUACAUCAUCGGUUGCAAGCAAUUCUGAUCACCAGUUGCAGGAACCACUCCUGCCUGGGAGGUCUUAAAACAUACACUGCCACAACUAGUGUGUCAUUCUUUCAAAAUGAUGCUUAUUUGUACAUAAAUUACAUCAUUUUUUCUGAAAUACCACAUGGUAUGAUUGUAUUAUUGUAAUUACCUAUUUAUUGCUAUUUCUGUGAGGUGAUUUUUUUGUAAGAUGUAUGUGAAUGUAUGCACGUAUAUGUAUGGAAAUUCCUAUUCCUAUAUAUAUGGUGUAAAUUACCCUAGUUUGCCCUUCCGAAUAAAAAUAUGAAACAAACUUUUUUGCGUGA